UGCGCAUGCGCGGACUAUAAGCGUUGUCACCCCAGACAAAUGUGCGGGGGCUCGCGGGAGCGUCUCCCUCUUUUUUGAUAGCUUUGUAAACGUAUCCUACAGAAAAAAAAAAUACGUAUACUGGACUAAACCGUUUUGCAGGAAACAUUUGCCGCGUGUCAAGCUCCACGUGCGACGGUGAAAUGUCCUAGUUUGUCUUCGGUGUCAGAGAAGCAGGAAGCGUCGUAUCUGGAAUCAUGAAGCAACCAGGAAGUGCUCCAGCAUGUAGUCGUUGCUGUUGGCAGUGUCUGUUAUGAGCCAGCUACUUACCACCCUGGGGAAAGCCACUGGGAUCUUCACUCUCCUGGUUGUUGUCAUUGCGGCGGUUCUGAAUUAUUUCGACAACUCUGAUUCGGUCUCAUACAUCAGCAUGGCUGAGGACAUGAAGACCUUGGAAGAAGACUUCAAGCAGCAGAAAAAAAGCUGUUUCAUUCUUGGUGCUUCUGGGGAAACGGGACAGAUGUUACUUAAAGAGCUGCUGCAGCGCAACAUAUUCUCCAAGAUCACACUCAUUGGAAGGAGACGGCUCACCUUUGAGGAUAAAGAAUAUGAAAACCUGGUACAAGAGGUGGUGGACUUUGAGAAGCUUGAUGACUAUGCUGCAGCCUUCCAGGGCCAUGAUGUUGGCUACUGCUGCCUGGGAACAACCCGCGCAAAAGCAGGCACUGAUGGAUUCAUCCGGGUUGAUCACGAUUAUGUUCUAAAAUCAGCUGAACUUUCGAAGGCUGGAGGCUGCAUGCAGUUUCACCUGGAGUCGUCCAGAGGAGCUCAUAAAAAUAGCAACUUUCUCUACCUGAAAGUCAAGGGCCAAGUGGAAGCAGAUAUUGAAGCACUGGCUUUUGACAGAUACGCCAUUUACAGACCAGGGGUUUUGUUGGUGGACAGAAAGGAGAGUCGGCCUGCUGAGUGGCUGACCAGGAAAUUCUUUGGUGCUGUUUCUGCUGUGUCUUCUACUUCCAUGUCCAUUCCAAUACAAGCAGUGGCAAAGGCGAUGGUGUCAAAUACACUGCGUCAACCUGAGCAGAAGACAGAGAUCCUAGAGAAUAAAGACAUCGCCAUUCUGGGAAAGAGCACAGAGAAAUAAGAGGUCAUUUCAGCAAAUGUACAGAGACUACAAGUGCUCAUCAUAUACACAGGAUUUUCCCAAUUCUUGAAAAUUGAAAUAAAUAUAUUCAAACAUGUGUCUCAUA